AGCUGAACUUGUUAAUUUUGUAAACAUAAUUCUAGAAUGUAUCCUGCUGCAGGUAGUGCUAUGGCCGGUCCGUUUUGGAGUAAUGGCCCUGCUCCUGGAGCUUUCUACAACUUCCCCGGUGGAGCGACUAAUGGAAGCGCAAUGCAAGCUGCCCGUUCAGAUACACCGGGCGAGUUUGGCACACAGCGGUCAUACUACCCGGUGACCACUGGAACGUCCGUAGUCGGAUUGAUGUUCAAAGAUGGCGUGAUCAUUGCCGCAGAUAAAUUAAUUUCGUACGGCUCCCUGGCUCGGUUCCACGAUGUGGAUCGUGUGUAUCGCGUGAAUGACAAAACGAUUCUCGGUAUUGGCGGAGAUUUCGCCGACUUUCAGUACAUCAAACGGCACAUCGACCAGAAGGUAAUCGACGAUCAGUGUUUGGAUGACAAGAACGAGAUGAAACCGCGCUCCUUCUACAACUGGCUUACACGCGUCAUGUAUAACCGACGGUCCGAGUUUAAACCUCUUUACCUUGACCUUGUCAUCGGGGGAAUGCAAGACGGUGAGCCAUUCCUGGGACACGUAAACCUACGCGGUCGUUCGUACACUAGCAAUGUCGUAGCGACCGGCUACGGAAGCCAUCUAGGACUUCCGCUACUGCGCGAGGUGUCGGAGAAUCCAACGGCGUACAAGGACCUCGAAAAGGGCCAGGCUACCGAUUUGAUGAAGCGCGUCAUGGAGGUACUCUGGUAUCGCGACUGCCGCAGCGAUCCCAAAUACUCCCAGGCUAUCUGUACAGCCGACGGAGUACAGCUCGAUGCCGACAUGUUCGUCGCACAGAAUUGGGAUCUCGCCCACACGAUUAAGGGAUACUAAUCAGCUACAAGUUUCAUGUUUUACAAUCAAAUUUAAU